AGGUCACUCGGCUCUCCAAACCCUAUGGCCCUUGCAUGGAAGUUGAUACAUUUCUGGCAAAAUAUAAAAGGAAAUACACCAGAAACACCUGUCAGAAGAUCUGCAAACAGAACCUGAUCCGGACCAGAUGUAACUGCUCGGACAGUCUCCAGCCCGAACUCAAUCAGCUGAUGGGUAACGUGCAGAAGCUCAACAUCUGCAUGUCUAGCGCAGAGCAAAAGUGUGUGGCGAACAUCUCCAUGUCAUUUGAACCUAAUGACGCUGGGUGUGGCUGUGAUAAUCCAUGCAGUGAAAGGAUCUAUGAAAAAACGAUAUCCUCUAGACGCUGGCCAAGCCCAGACUUUGGAAAAAUUCUUUUAGAGGGGGCAUGUAAGAAUCAAGAGGAUGACGUGUGUGCUCCGUUACGUGCAGAUGAACAGCUACUUGUAAAAAACUUCAUUAAGGUGAACAUAUUUUUCCAAGAUUUGAACUUCGAACAAUUAGAAGAGAAUCCUGAUUAUGGGAGUACUCAGCUACUGUCUGACAUCGGGGGCAGCAUCGGCCUUUGGAUCGGCCUCUCCGUCCUGGGCUUGUGUGAGUUGCUCCAUCUGGCUGUGUCCAUCGUUGUUUACAUCUGCUGUGGGCGCCACGCCAAGAAAUAGACUGGACACAUCUGUUGUGGGCGCCACACCAAGAA